UCUGUCUGUUAACACGUUUGGUCUCUGUGCCUUGACGCAAGUUGUUUUCUCUUUCUAUUUUUUUUCGUUUGAGGAUUUGGACUGCAAGCAAGGUGGACUUAGAUUUAUUUUGUCUUACGGUAUCACGUUUUCAGUUUAGUUUAGCCUAGUAAUGGUUUGGCAAGAACUUGUGCCGCACAUAAUAGACAUUACGAAACAACCUCCAUUUUGAAGUCCUAAAGAGUCGGUACAACGUGUAGGCUACUGUCAGAGUGCACUGUCCUCUACAUGCGAUUGUUCAUGAACAUAUACGUGAAGGGCAACACUCAAAUGCAAAGAAUACGACUGCAAUAACAUACUUGUACAUAAAUUGAUUGAGAUGUGGUUUCACUGCAUUUAUUUGAUUAUGUUUAAAACGAAAUGUUUCUUACUAGAACUCACCACGAUAUGGCUUCUUUGGCAGGCUCUGCUCCAUUGGAACUAGAGCUCAGCCCUCUGGUCAAGCCAGAACAGUGUUACAAAGACAGUUUCCACUAUCAUCUACUUUGUGUUUCACCUUGAUUAUUUUUGAUUUGUUUACAUAUAAUAGUUAUUUGUAUUGCAUUCAUUAUUUCAGAUGUUCUACACAAUACAACUCACCUGGGACCAAUUGUUCUCAUUGUGUCUAGAUCUGUGGGACCCUAAAUAUGCUCCAGCCACUGAGGAUUCUCUUCAGACCCAAGUGGAUGGUCUCACGGUCCUCCGGCAGCUAUGUGUCCAGGAUGAGGCACUUGAAUAAGAUAAAGGAGGAGGAUGAGGCGUGUCGAGCAGCAUUGCAGUCUGGGAAUAUUUUCCUCUAUCACAAACUGGCUCCUCUACUGCGGAGGACUGACAGUGGAAUAUACCAGCUCCCAGCUCUCCAGACCAAAGAUGUAGAAGAGAUUCUGGAAAAGCUUGGAGAGGACAAGGAGAUGGUGAAGGAAUCCAUUCUCAUCAACUGCACUGAACAGAACGAAGCACAGUUCUCCUUCGAUGUUGGGGCGAUAGAGCAGGCUGCUGUGGAGGAGCUGUGUAGAGGAACCUUCGUAGACCUGAGGAAAGCCUUCUUCCUACUGAGAGGGUCUGAGGCACCGCUUGUAGCCAGAGGGCAGGCUCUCCUUCGCUGGCACCAGACCAAUGGCUUCUGCAGCUCCACUGGGCAGCCUACCCAAAGGAACCAGUCUGGCAGUCAGCGUGUGUGUCACAGCAGUGGGAUCACUUAUUACCCUAAGAUGUCUCCGGUGGUGAUCGUACUGUUGUCUGAUGGGAAACGGUGUUUGCUUGGGAGGCAGUCCACCUUCCCACGGGGAAUGUACAGUGCACUGGCAGGCUUUUGUGACAUUGGUGAGACCAUGGAGGAGGCACUCCGCAGGGAGAUAGCUGAGGAGGUGGGGCUGGAGGUAGAGUCUAUCCAGUACUCAGGCUCUCAGCACUGGCCCUUCCCACAGAGCUCCUUCAUGGUGGCCUGUCACGCCACCGUCAACCCAGACAAGACACACGUCAGUGUGGAUAAGGUGGAGUUAGAGGAUGCACGGUGGUUCAGCCUAGAGGAAGUCCAAGAGGCGCUGACGAUCAAGGCACCACCACGGAACAACAAAGGAGAGCCUACUGUGUUCUGGGUCCCACCAAGCUACGCCAUAGCUAACCGGUUGAUCCAGGAAUGGGCCAAUCAACAACACCUGAAAUCAUAGCAAGAUGGGUGGACAACAGACAGCAUCAAAGCUGCAAAUACAACACACAGAUGAUUUUAGAAGACCAGGCAGGAACAUUGUACUGUUAAGUGCUUGUUAACACACACAGACGGGAAUGAAACAUACAGUUCCAGAGCAGACAUGGGAGGAACUGACAGGAAAUGCAUCUCACUUGAGAAAAAAAAGUGUUUGACGUGACAUUGUGUUUCAAUAGAUACUGUAAUACCAUCAAAGGGCUUGGCUUAUAGCUAACAUUUUUUAUUCUUAUAUAUGCACAAUAUGUAAAGGACAUUUUUGCAUACAUUUAAUUGUGUGAUCACUAGGCCUUUAUGAAGUUUAAACUGAUGAUUUUGUUUAAAUACUGUAACUACCUCCACAGUAUUGCAAUGAUUCUCAAAAUGAUUUACAAAGUGAAUGGUUGUAAUAAGUGUAUCAGUACUGUAAUAAUAUCAUACUUGGUGUAUGUAGAGAUAACUAAAUGAAUAAAACCAUAAAGCCUAAACUGA